AUGGUGGGUUGGAGGAUUAGAGCAAACAUGGAAGAAAUAGACGUUGAAAAACAUUACGUUGGUCAUCCAACUAUCUUCUCCAUCAGAUUAUUAUAUGGUGGAGAGUUUACGAAGUUUCUUGGAAGGAGGUACGUCAAGGGCAAAGAAAAAUACGUUGAUCUAUUGGACAUUGAUGAGUUCUGUGUACAUGAUAUUGAUGAGAUGAUGGAGACCCUAAGUUGUGUUGAGGAGGGUAAGUUGCUUUAUUACCACUUCAAAAGACCCUUUUCAGAUUUGGACUUUGGGUUGUUUGCAUUGGCUAGUAACAAUGACAUUAACCAUUUCGGUACAUACGUGGGUAAGCAUAAACUGAUUGAAGUUUAUGUUGAACAUGGUAAAUCAGUGUUGCAUACAUAUACAAUGUCAUCUACCCCUAGUAAAGUUAGGAUAGAAGAAAUCUUUGAUCAACCUUCAUGUAGUAAAAGGCUAUUUUUGGAAUGGAAGGAAACUGAAACAGGGGAUUGUAUUGGAUCAAGUAAAGUAGAUGUUGUGCCAACAAAAGAAACUGAAACUGACCAAAUUGAUGCCCAAUAUGAAACACAAGGGUGUUGCAAAGGUCAAAGUGCAUGUGAUGCUAGUUCAAGCAAGAAAGGGAAGGUUGGGAAUAAAGCUAAAAGUAUGGGUGAUGGUACUUCAAUCAAGAAAGGGAAGGAUGGGAAGAAAGAUCAAAGUGCAGGUGAUGGUACUUCAAGCAAGAAAGGGGAUGUUGGGAAGAAAGCUCAAAGUGUAGGUGGUGGUAAGCAAAGUGGAACUCAAAGUGCAUGUGAUGGAAUUUCAAGUAGGACAAGGAAGGCUGGGAAGAAAGGGAAAAGUAUUGCUUAA